GCCUCGGGGCGCCUGCCGGGACGCAGGGCGGGGAGAAGGCCGGAUAAGCUGCGGGAGAGGCGGCCCCGCGCCUCGGAGGACGCCGAGGACGCGGGGCGAUCCCCGCCGCCGCCGCCCCUCGGGAGGCGCGGAAAUGACACCCGAAAUUAGAACCGGGGAAGCCCUUAGCGGUCCGCGAACUCCAGCCGGCUCAAGUGUCGGAGAUCGGAUGAAGGAGAGCGUUACAAAGACAGAGGAGCCCGCGGAGGCCGGCUGGGGGACGGUGCUGAACGCACAGGCGGUCAAUCGGGCCACCCCGGGGUGGAGGUCCCUGGCUCACCCCCGGCCUGCUUGGAGCGCCGGGGCCGUCUAUCCGGGCCCGAAUUUCCUAAGAGCGGCGUGGAAAGACGAUGUGAAACGCCGUUCCCCGGGGAUGGAGAAGUAUGAGAAAAUCGGGAAAAUUGGAGAGGGGUCCUAUGGCGUUGUUUUCAAAUGCAGAAACCGAGACACGGGCCAGCUCGUGGCCAUCAAGAGGUUUCUGGAAUCCGAAGAUGACCCUGUCAUAAAGAAAAUCGCCCUCCGGGAAAUCCGCAUGCUCAAGCAACUCAAGCAUCCCAACCUUGUCAAUCUCCUGGAAGUGUUCAGGAGGCGGCGGCGGCUUCACCUGGUGUUUGAGUAUUGUGACCACACAGUGCUUCAUGAGCUCGACAGGUACCAGAGAGGGGUACCAGAAAAUCUUGUGAGGAGUAUAACUUGGCAGACACUGCAAGCUGUCAAUUUUUGCCACAAACACAAUUGCAUACACAGAGAUGUGAAGCCCGAAAAUAUCCUCAUCACAAAACAUUCUGUGAUUAAACUCUGUGAUUUUGGAUUUGCUCGGCUUCUGACGGGACCAAGUGACUACUACACAGACUAUGUGGCUACCAGGUGGUACCGCUCCCCUGAACUGCUGGUGGGGGACACACAGUAUGGCCCCCCAGUGGACGUUUGGGCAAUUGGCUGUGUCUUUGCUGAGCUAAUGUCAGGAGUGCCUCUGUGGCCUGGAAAGUCCGACAUGGAUCAGCUCUAUCUGAUUAGGAAAACCUUGGGGGAUCUCAUACCCAGACACCAACAAGUAUUUAGCACGAAUCAGUAUUUCAGUGGAGUGGAAAUCCCAGACCCUGAAGACAUGGAACCAUUGGAGUUAAAAUUUCCAAAUAUCUCUUAUCCUGCCCUGGAGCUCUUGAAGGGCUGUCUGCACAUGGACCCUGCUGAGAGGCUGACGUGUGAACAGCUACUACAGCACCCAUAUUUUGACAGCAUCAGAAAAGUAGGGGAUUUGACCAGAGAACCUAACAGACAAAUGAGGAAGACCUUACGGCAGAGCCGGAAGCACGUGCCUGGGUACCUACCUCAGCUAACCAGCAGCAGCAUCCUUCCAGCUUUGGAUAACAAGAAAUACUACUGUAAUACUAAGAAACUUAGCUACCGUUUUCCAAACAUUUAAGGAGCUUAGAUUGAUGAUAAAGGAAGAAUUGCUCAAUGUUGAAGACACAAAACAUACACUUUUGAAAACAAAGCAAGAGUAUUGUAAACAUACCAGGAGGAAACAUAAGCAAGUGAUUGGGAGGCCACUUGGCAAGACACGAUGGGAAAUUCCAGACCUAGGUCUGCUGAUUCGAUCCACAGCAGAAAGGAAAAACUUGUUUAGAGUUUCACUUAUGUUUUUCUUUUUUUAUCUCAGCUGCUAAGCUUAUGAAAAGAACUGUGUCUACUGCCCAUAACUCUAAAAAAAUUAAUGAUAUCAAAAAGAUUCAUGCUUCAGUUGUACUAUAUACCACAUGUAAAAAAUGGAUUACAAAAUGGCUGUGUUUUCCUGGAUCUCCGUUGCCUUGAAUCUUAUCUCCUGCCUUUCUGAUUGUUUCAACGUAUUUAAGGAUAAUUUUAGUUCUUGAGAUGAAAAGGUUAAAAUUAUAUUUCCUGUUUGCUUGCUCUA